AUGGCGCAACGACGGCGCCGGUCCGGUGGACCGAUCACCAGUAGCGUGGGCGAACCACAAGCACCGCUAGCACUGUUUUACGACUGGGCAUCCUCGGACGACAGGAGAGCCUUCCACUUCUUCCAGCACAUCACGGCACCUUGUCUGUCGGGAGACCUCGACGGCGCCUUCUGGCGGGUACUGGUGCUCCAAAUAUGCCAGUCCGAGCCCGCCGUGCGACAUGCCGUUCUCGCCGUGAGCAGCCUCCACGAAGGGAUGGUACAGGCGACGAUGACCCCUUAUCUCAACGCCGAGGACCGGAACUCAUUUGCCCUGUAUCAGUACAACCGGGCUAUCGCCUGUCUGCUGGACCAGAUGCGCACCGUUGACGCCCGGCCUCUAGUCCCUCUCCUCACCUGUGUGCUUUUCGUGUGCAUUGAGCUCAUGCAGAGCAAAGACAGGGAGUCGCUCCUCCAUCUCGAACAGGGCCGCCAGAUCUUGAGCCAGUUGGGCCGCAAGAACCCGACGCGGAACCCCGAAAUCGACCUCAUCAAGCAGCACCUGGUGCCCAUGUAUACCAGGCUCAGUCUGACGUCGCUCAUGUUUGGCGGCGAGCCCGUGGAGAUACCGUCACCGCUCAAGACGCUGACCGAGGUUCCCAUGAUGUUCGAGACGAUCGACGAGGUUCGGUACGCGCUUUACGACUUUAUGGACCAAUGCCUCCGGUUUGCGAAGACGACGCGGUUGGCCAAACUCAGUGACAUCCCCCCGGAGCAGAUGCGGGCAUUCGAGAAGGAGCAGGACCAUCUACUGAGGAAACUCGCCAAGUUCAAUGUCGCCUUCUCCCUAUACCGGUCGACGAAAUCCCGCGGCAACCUGGUGGGCCCGAUUGCUCUCAUACAGAUACACAUCCACACGACGUUUAUAUGGGUUUCGACGGCCCUCAGCCACCACGAGACAGUCUUUGACGAUUACGUCGAUACGUUCUCGGCCAUUAUCCCGCUCGCGACUGACUUCAUCAACUCGCUCAGUGUCCCACCAGCGCACCCAGAGCAGCACGGCGCGCCGGCAGCCCCUGCGCCGUCGGCAGCCGACACACGGCGGUUCGCGACGGUGUUUACGUUCGAAAUGUAUAUCAUCGCGCCGCUGUACUUCGUGGCCGCCAAGUGCAGGCAUCCGAUCAUCCGGCGUGCCGCGCUCGACCUUCUCCGACGGAACCCGACGCGGCGCGAGAACUUGUGGCGGGCAAACGUUAUGGCUGCUAUCGCCGAGCGGACGAUGCGGAUAGAGGAGAAGCACUUGCGGGCGAAUAGCCAGCCCCACUCUCCGCAGCCCUCGCCGCCUGAGUUGCCCGGGCUGUUUCCCCAUUCUUCGGUCCUCGGACAGGAUCCAUGGGACUCUCACAUGUCGGAUGCACCUUUCCCGGACGGUUUUGGCUCGAUAAACGUCGCUCCGGCGGUCACAUCCUCGUGUUCGUCGUCUUCAGCGACGGGUAGCGCCGAGGUGGGAAGCAUGAGCGAUAUGGCAGGGCACAUGCCGAUCGACCCGACGCUGUUCUUCGACCCGGCCGAGGGGUCGGCGGCCCAUUCCUUCAGCGUCACACCCUCGGUUGCGUCUUCGCUCGACGAACUUCCCGGCCCUGCGACAUCGACUCCGUACAUGGGCGGGUCCGGCGACGGGUCAUCCGAAUUGUGGAGCGGCACGACGUCCCACCCGCCGGGCAUCUCGCUCGAGCCGGCCACGCCCAUGGAUGGCAGCCCCUUCAUGAUGCCCCUACAGGCGCACUCCCACCACCCGCAGACGCAUUCGAGUUCGCACUCGCGACAGGAGUCCGGGUCGCCGUCCGUGGCGUCGGACGAAUCCCCUCAACUUCAGCCGAUGGGCAUGGACAUGGGCCCGGUGUCGGGGAUGAACAUGGGCGGCUUCAUGCAGUACCAGGGCCUGAGCGUGGGCCAGCUGAGUCCGGUCACGGGGAAGCGCAGCGCGGAUGCGCCGUACGAUGUGCCGGAGCGGUUCCGCGUGCGUGAAUCGAUCAUCGGACCGGAUAAGGAGGAUGGCACGAGCUGGGUGAUGCUGUUCAGGAAACUGGGCGGGCUGAACGCCGAGUGGGACGUGUCAACCGAGUACGUUGCCGUUGCAAGAAGAAGUGAUACCCGUCCCCAAAGUAGGAGACAGCGCCCCCUCUCUGGGCAAGGACACUCAUAUCCCCAAAGACAAGGCCGUGAUCCUCGUCUUUCUGCGGCACUGCGGCUGCCCUUGAUCGUCCAAGCAGGCGGCGAGUGGGAGGUCCAGGUCCUCGUCGACCCCCAGCGCGCGCUCUACCACGCCUGGGGUCUGGGCCUGAGCUCGACCUGGUAUGCUGUCAACCCGCUGGCCAUGUGGCACACGUGGAAGCUGGGCACGGAGGAGGGGAUCUGGAACCGGAGUGCGCAGAGUGGUAGUCGGUGGCAGAUUGGGGGGGCGUUUGCGGUUGAUGCGGAUGGGGUGGUGAGGUGGUCGAGGCCGGCGGGGAGUGCGGAUGAAGUGCCGGAUUUUGGGGAGGCGUUGAGGGUGUUGGGGGUUGAGUAG